AUGUUGUUGGUCGGUUGGUUUGUGAAGUCGAGACGACGUCAUUUACAGAAACUGCUGACUACUUACAACAGAUCAUGGUUGUUAGGACAGUGUUAUUCACGAGUUGAGAAUGAUGACGGAUUGCCUCAAUUGUUUCGGACAAAGGAUGGGCAUCGUGCUGUUAAGUCUAUUAGCAGGGAACCUGAGAUUUCCAAACGGAGAGAUUCAGUUUCAAAGAAUCUUACUGACUGGGCUUCAUCUUGCGAAUCAUUGGGAUAUCAGCAAAUGGAAUCCACCAAUUAUAAUAGUGUAGAAAACCGUCAGCAAUGUGAUAAUAAUAGUGAUAAUAAUGGCUGGCGUCAGUAUUAUGGUAAUACCCGAAUGAAAUUCUUAUCAUCGGAUGUUUAA